AUGACUUUAAGUUCUCUUGAAAAAAUAGAUAUACGAAUGAACCAAUUGCAAGCUAAAUAUGCUCAUCAAGGAAAUGGAUUCGCUGUUUUAGCUUUUCCGUGCAAUCAGUUCGGCCAUCAGGAAAAUUUAAAUGGGGAAGAAAUUCUCCAUUCACUCAAGCAUGUUCGACCAGGUGGUGGAUAUCAACCUGAUUGUGUGGUUAUGGACAAAUGUGACGUAAACGGUUCUAAUGCUCAUCCACUAUUUCAAUUCUUGAAAGAAUCGCUACCUACUCCAAGCGAUGAUGCGGAUAGUUUAAUGAGCGAUCCAAAAUUUAUUAUAUGGAAACCUGUCAAACGUAGCGAUAUAUCUUGGAAUUUUGAAAAAUUUUUGAUUACAGCAGAUGGCAAACCGUAUAAGCGUUACAGUAGAAAUUUUCGAACUGAAGCAAUUGCUAAUGAUAUUGAACAUUUACUUAGUGUUGCUUCUAAAAAAGGUCGUAAAUAA